UUUAUUAUUUCGUUGAAGACAGUCGAACGAGUAACGAUGAUCUUCUCAAGUUGUGUCUCCAUUUUGAUCGUUUGCUCGUUGUUCAACCCGGUGGUGGGAAAACCAGGAUAUCGCCGUGAAAACAACAAUUGCGCAUUGCCUGUGUCGGAUGAAGUAAAUUAUAAUAUGCUUCCUGAUUCUUGGUAUCACAUCCUGAACACCAAUGAUCCAGUUGAACGUGGUGUGCCAUGUUACGCAUUCAAAUAUUUCAGAGAAACUCCCGACGGAAUUUUUGCUGAAAUCCAGGGUAUUUCAUCAGCGGAGAAAGGAACAAUGUCAAUCAGCGGAGUCAUACCAUUCCGUUGGUAUCAGAACGGAACUUCAAUUACAAGAUACGACACAAGUUUCGAAUUCCUGGGGAUGGAUGUGGAAAAACGUAACGGAGCGUCGGGAGAGAUGCAGGACUCCUAUGAGCAUCCGUUCAGUUGCUUUACAGAUUACGAGCAUUAUUUAUUAUGCUUGCAGUGUGGCGGAGAAGGUCCGAGAUAUAUAUGGGCUCUCAGUCGUAAUCCACAUCCCACUGGAGAAGAUAUUCUACGCCUGCACAACAAGCUUGUAACAAUCGGAGGUGGCUGGAACGCUGUUCCCUUGUACUUAUCAGGCUGUCGUAAAUUAAGCAUGCCAGAAACAAUUGCUUAUUAAAAUGCUAAUGUCUAUACAUAUUUGUCAACCAAGUGUGUUUAAAUUUACCUAUUACUAAAGUAUUAUUUUUAAUAUAUAUAAUCGAUGUUAUACCAUGCUGAACAUAUCAAAAAAGUAACCCAGUAAUCGCACAACCUAUUUGAAAAUGUAAGUUAUGAAAUAAGUUUUGUUCUAACUAAUGACAUCGCCUUUAACUUUA